GAGUCCUCUCACAACCAGGUCUACGGCGGCGAGACGCACGAGUCGAAGUUCUCCCACGAACUCAUCGGCGGCGCCGCUGGCUUCGAGGCUAUGAAGGCUUACGAGGACCACGAACGUCGUGAGGGCAAGCCUGUCAACCAUGCUCUGGCCAAGGAACUUCUGGCUGGCUUUGCAGCAGCCGAAGUCGACAAGCUGUUCGAGACAAAGGGACUCGACUUCCUUGACCGCGAGAAAGCAAAGUACCACGCUCGCCAGGAAGCUGAGCAGGCUUACGACCAGCAGUACGGUAACUGA